AGCAAUGGACAGCGCAAAUUCAUCUACUGCCAGAGGUACUGACGGUCGAGUAUAACUUCUGAUAUAUUAUAGUACAUGGUGAAUGUGGAAAAAAGUACAACAGUUCUACAUCCAUAUUAGCGAACAUCUCCCCGACUAUUGCGACAUGAUAUCCAACCGCGGGGAAAGGUACGCGAAGGCUGGUUUAGCCAAUGGAUACCUUCGUUCAAGGACACUUUUCAGCAAGGAAAAUAAGUCGGGCCUUGUAUCUUUUGGGAAUGCAGAGAAUUUCCUGAUGCAAGAUGUAUUGCUUGAAUAUGUCCGCACAAAGGCAGCACCGGCUCUUGACAAUGCUAGUCUCACUUAUGACGAAGGCCCCUUUGGCCCCGAACGUCUUCGCGCAGCCAUGGCGAAGCUACUCAACACGUACUUCCACCCUGUUAGGCCGGUCUCAGCGGACCAUAUUCUUUUUACAAGUGGCGUAACAAGCUUAAAUUCGAUCGUUGCCUUGACUCUGACUGAUCCCGGUGACGGGAUCUUGCUGGGUCAACCGAUCUACGGCGCCUUCAACGGAGAUUUACAAGUGCCUUCCGGCUGCCAACUAAUCUAUACUCCAUUCCACGAAGACGACCCAUUCAGUGAACAGGCUGUUUCUCGGUACGAGAAAACUUUCUUGGAAGCUCGAGACCAGAAUGGUGUCCCGAUCCGGGCUCUUCUAAUCUGUAAUCCACACAAUCCACUCGGUCGAUGCUACCCGCGCAAGACCUUGGAGGCUCUAAUGCAAUUCUGUCAAAAGUAUCAGGUACAUCUGACUAGUGACGAGAUAUACGGGUUGUCAGUAUACGAUGACUUUUCUAGCGGCUUUGUUUCGGUUCUAUCAAUCGAUCCGGUCCCUCUUGGUGUAGAUCCGUCCCUGAUCCAUGUAUUGUACGGGAUGUCAAAGGAUUUCGCAGCGGCUGGGUUAAGGCUUGGAUGUUUGAUUAGCCAGAAUCAGAGACUCAUGCAGGCGGCUCUUUCGAUCAGUCGAUUCCAUUGGCCUUCUCAUGUAUCAAUCAGCAUUGCCACUACUAUUCUCGACGACCAUGAAUUCAUAAAAGUUUUCCUUCGAGACAGCCGCGCGCUACUGCGUUCACAUAGCGAUUUUGCUGUACGAGCUCUGGAAGAGGCGGGUAUCCCUUAUUCACCAGGCGCUAAUGCGGGCUUAUUUCUCUGGAUCGACUUGUCCAAAUGCCUAGACAUUAACAUUGCCAACACUCAAGACGAGUGGGUUGCAGAGACGCAAUUAUCCAAACAACUUCAAACAGCCGGCGUGGAAAUGUCGUCUGGCCAAGCCUAUCAUAAUGAAGCCCCAGGAUGGUUUCGCGUUAUAUUCUCGAUGGAAAUGGACACUCUGAAGGAGGGUUUGUCAAGGUUAGUUACGAUUUACCUCAUAUUCAACCAGCACUAA